AUGUCGCAGAACCGCCAUAGGAUUCAAGUGAAGGUUUUUUACCUGGCUCAAGCUGUGAAUACGUUUCGUUCAAUAUGUGCAGCAGUAGAAUUGGCUGAGGGAGCCUGCCCCUCGUACAGUCCGUUCAUUGCAAACUUCCCCUGGUCACCUUUAGGGUACGGAGGGUUGAGCCUGUCCAUCGAAGGCCCAAGCAAGGUUGACAUCAACACGGAGGAUCUGGAGGACGGGACCUGCAAAGUCACCUACUGCCCAACCGAACCGGGCAACUACAUCAUCAACAUCAAAUUCGCAGAUCAGCAUGUGCCGGGGAGCCCGUUCUCUGUGAAGGUGACCGGGGAAGGGCGCAUGAAGCAGACGAUCACGAGAAGCCGCAAAGCCCCAUCGGUUGCCAACAUCGGCAGCCAGUGUGACCUCAGCUUGAAAAUCCCAGAAAUUAACAUCAGAGACAUGACCGCCCAAGUGACGAGCCCGUCGGGCAAGUCCCACGAUGCAGAGAUCUUGGAAGCCGAGAACAACACGUACUGCAUCCGCUUCGUACCCACCGAGACGGGCAUCCACUCGGUCAGCGUCAAAUACAAGGGGCAGCACGUUCCCGGAAGCCCCUUCCAGUUUACCGUGGGCCCUCUUGGCGAAGGCGGGGCGCACAAAGUGCGAGCGGGCGGCCCGGGGCUGGAGCGAGCUGAAGCCGGCGUGCCAGGUGUGUUGUCGCAGGGCUGA